AUGUCUCUUGGCUUGGGGGCUGGCCCGCAGAGAGGGCUGGAGGUGAAGUUUCAGGCCACCAGGGCCCAUUGGAUUGUGCCAUAUGAGCCAGGCCAGGACCCCUCCGCCAGAGGAGUGGGUGACGGGUCUCUCUCUCCUUUGCUCCAGGGCCCCGACAAAGCCCGCUCUCAGCUGCUGAUUGUGGACCGGAGCUUCGACCUGGUGUCCCCACUGCUGCACGAGCUCACCUACCAGGCCAUGGCCUACGACCUGCUCAGCAUUGAGAGCGACACCUACAAGUACGAGACGACAGGGACCAGCGACUUGUGGGAGAAGGAGGCGCUGCUGGACGAAGACAACGAACUCUAGGUGCAGCUACGGCACAUGCACAUCGCUGACAUCUCCAAGUGAGCACGCUCAGCUCCGCCCCUGACACGCCCCUGUAUGCCCUGCCCAUACCCUAGAUAUGCUCCCACGCGUGGCUGGGCUGCUGUGGCUGGCCCCAGGCAAGGCCUCUGCCCUCUAGGGGGCACUGUGCGCUGGAAGGGGCCAGGAUCUCACCACUGCCUCCCUCCAGGCCAACAUCGAGGACCUGUCCCAGAUGCUGAAGAAGAUGCCCCAGUACCAGAAAGAGCUGAACAAGGAAGGAGGUUUGCUGGGAAGAGGUGGGGUCUGUCUGUCAAGCAGGAG